UUUCAGAUGAACCCCAGUGCUGUAACGUGAUCAUCUGGACUCAUCCACACCUCCUCCUAAAAUAACUGCCUCCUCACACACACACACACACUGUACAUGUGCUUCUCAGUGUGUGUAUAUUUGUGUGUGUGUGUGUGUGUGUGUCUCGUGUACCAAAUCUAGCUCUGAGGGACUCUGGGAUUAAGCGUCUAUCAGCACGACCGCUCGUGGACGUUUUAGAUUAACACUCAGCAGGAGAUUCCUCUGCCUCUUCUCUCUGACACGGGAUUAAGAAAAGUGAGUGACGAUGAUGAUGGUGAGCGACGACUGUCUGGUGGAAUGUAAGAUCAAUGACGACAGUGACGACGAUGACGCAGGAGGAGAACGGAUGAUGGGCACGACUCCUCCACCUCCUCCUCCUCCAGAGUUUGCGUCCAAAACCCCGACCCCGGCACCCAAACCGACCCCUCCGACCCCACCGAUGCCCCCUGUCACCCCUACAACCACACCCACUCCUCCUGUCAGCAGAGACCCUCAUGGCAUCAACAAGCACUUACAGGUGGAGGUCAGUGACGUGCUAGCAGAGCCGGCUACGCCCCAUAGCAUCGACCAGGUCUGGUUUUACAGCGUCACCGGCUUUGAGACAACACGUACCUGGACGUACCGCUGCCUCACCUUGCUGCUCGCUGUGCCCUUCGCGUUCCUCUGCGGCCUUUUACUGGCUGUUCUGGCCUGUCUGCACGUGUGGUUUGUGGUGCCGUGCGUCCAGCUGAGUAACACUUUCCUCCCCUGCCUGCGAUCCUUGUGUCUGUGCACCGUGAACGAUUUCAUCUCGCCCGUCUGCGCGUCUUUCGCCCUCUGCUGCAGCCAGAUCGCCAUUUCACUGACUAACAAAGACUGGCAACAACUGAAGAACAAAGAGGCUGCAUCAGUGUAACCUGAAACUAAACACACACAUUAUUGACCUGUGAAAGUCAAUACUGAGUGCAUUCAGACUCAAAGGUUGGAGACAAGGUCUCACCUAGAAACAAUCAGAUGAAUAAAAUAAACACACUUUAAUAAGUGUUUUACUCCCUGAUGAUCUUACAUGAAGCCAGUUUAUAGACAGAUUAUUUCUCUGUCCCAAAGUUGAGACUUAAAUUUAAAGGAGAUUUACUGUAAGUCUCUACUUUGAAACGACCAACCUGAAGAGAUCAAGUUCUCAGAUCCAGUGAAUUCUUUAACAUUACUUCUUAAAACUAAUUUUUACACACGUGCCUUCAUGUGAUGUCUUCCUUUUUUAUUUUUACCUUUAUGUUCUUGUUUUUAUAACUUAGUGUAUUUAUUUAUCAUUAUUAGAUAUGUUAUUUUACAAAAUUAAAAUAAAAUAAAAACAACUACAAUUCUGAGAAAAAAGUCACAAUGCUGACUUUAAUCUCAGAAUUUUUCUUGUUGUUUCCAAAUGUGUGUGGCCCUAAUCCUCUUCUGUAUAUUUAUUAUUUUAUUUGCCAUCGCUUUUGCAUAUUUUUAGUGCUGUGAAC